AAGAAGCCAGAGGCCGGUUGGGGCAUGCGCGUUGGGAAGGGAAGCGAUCCUAGCGCCUCCUCGCCGCUGGAUCGGGCGCAGCGUGGGCCAGCCGGAUCCCUCGCAGGGCGGGGAUGAUCGUCCGCCCGGGAUCCGUGGUCGACCCGGACUGGCACAGCACGGAGGAAGGCAGAGCUUACUCGGGCGCCCUCUUGCGCCGGGCGCAGCGCCGAUCCUUCGGACUGAUCGAGAGACCAGUGGUGGCUCCACAGGCGGCUGCCGACGUAGCCGGUUACAAGGUCUUCGUAUCCGGCAAGAGCGGCGUGGGAAAAACCGCUUUGGUGGCCAAAUUGGCCGGUCUGGAGGUGCCCCUGGUGCAUCACGAGACCACAGGGAUCCAGACCAGCCUCGUCUACUGGCCGGCAAAACUGCGAGAGAGCGGCAAGGUGCUCUUUUUCAAGUUCUCCUUCUGGGACUGUGGCGAAGCCAUGCUGAGAAAAUUUGACCACAUUUUACCCGCCUGCAGAGAGAAAGCGGACGCCGUCCUCUUCUUGUUCUCCUUCACGGAUCGCGCGUCCUUUCUCGACCUCCCUCACCAAAUCUCUCGCGUGACAGACGGAACGAGGCACAUGGUCCGAAUGGUUGUGGGCACCAAGUUUGACCAGUUUGCCCACACGGAUGUGACCGAAUCAGACAUGGCGUCUUUCUCCCACACCUGGGGUUUACCGGUCUUGCGGACAAAGAGUGUCGGCGAGCGGCACUCGGACGGAUACGCCGGCCUAGCUGAGGUGGCCCAUCUCUUGAACAGGCUCGCCGAACAUCUCUGGAGGCAGGACCAGGUGGCGGCCGGCCUAGUUUCUGGAGAGGAGAGCCCUACCAUACCGGAAGCACUGGCUUCAUGAAAUCCUAAUUCUGCUGCAUCGGUUUCCUUUCAAUAAACUUGCUUGAUGGUUCUUAAUGGCCUUUAAACCCCAAUCUUUGUAUCUGCUGUCAGGGAAGCCCCUUGGGCCAAUUUCUGGGUUAUGUCGUUGGUAAAAAUGCCAUCAAGGAGGCAGAGGGGACAGAAGGCAGCCUGGAGGACAGGCCUCCACAGAUCCAACUUGUGAGGCUCCCAAGAGUAAUUUGCAAGUUUGUGCCAGAUUCUCUUGACAGGCAGGAGCAGAAUUGUUCUGAGCGAGGCUUCCCAAGA